GUAGCAGUGCGCCAGGCCUCGUUGGCUGUACGGCCGCAGCUACAGCAUCAGCCCUUCUCGCGUCGCAGCUUCGCGGCAAGGCCCAGAGCCGCAAGUCCCAGGUGGUCGUCAGCGCCUUUGAGAAUGAGCUCGGCGUACAGGCACCUUUCGGGUUCUGGGACCCCAUUGGUUUCACCGCAGACGGCGACGUCGACGCCUUCAAGCGCCGACGGGCCACCGAGCUCAAGCACGGCAGAAUUGCCAUGCUGGCGACGAUGGGCUUCAUGACUCCAGA